UUCAUAUGUCAAUGUCAUAAUGUCAGUCAUUUUUAUGUCAUCGUCAAUGUCAUGUUUGCAACUGUCACUGUCAAUACUAUAGUGGCUUAGUGGCGUCGGUCGAGUAUCAUUUCGUGGUCUCUCACCUUUCCAUUCCCAAGCCAAAAAAUCUAAAAUUCUAACAAAAAUAACUUAAAAAACACUUGAAAUUCUGAACAACGGCGUAUAAUCCAUUUUACGACUUAUUCGUACCGUGCGAAGCAAUUUUCUUCCCUUUUAUGUCUGAAUAAAAUUCCAACGAUGUCGCUAUAUCAUAUAUCAGUAAAAGCAGAGCCUGAUUGGGCUAUAGGAAGUAACAAUGGUGAUCAAAAUGAAAGCCGAAACUGUACAGAUGGCAGUACCCAUGCCUCUGACCAAAGAGUUAAAAAAGAAAAUGAAAACUCUGUCAACGUUGAUAUGGAACGAGCAGCCGCCGAGUCCAGUUCAAGUGAGCCAGCGUCAGCUGAAGUCCCCGGAGAGCCUCUCCGAGUGGUUACACCCGGCUAUCACCGCAGGUCCAACUGGUACGCUAAAGAGCGAUCAAGCAAUUUUUCGAAACAAGAAUGUCAAUUAUUACAUGCCUUAAUCGACAAAUACAGUGAAAUAAUGUUCAACAAAAAGACACACAGCGACCAAUUUGAAGAAAAAAUUAACUUGGGUGAAGAUUGCGGCCGAGUUUAAUGCCGUGUCGUCGAAUAAAAGGACUUUGAGGCAGUUGCAGGCAAAACUGGACAAUAUGAAAAGGAACAGAAGAAAGAAAGAACGAUCAGAAGCAAAUAACCUGUCCAAAGUUGUCGUUAUACCUGUCUUAGAGAUGCCACCAACGAACACCGACAGCGACGACCGUGUCUCGCUGAACACGACGACAACCGACCGUCUCUCGCUGGACACGACGACAACCGACCGUCUCUCGCUGAACACGACGACAACCGACCGUCUCUCGCUGAACACGACGACAACCGACCCUCUCUCGCUGGACACGACGCCAAUCAACUGUGUCUCGCUGGACACGACGACAAACGACUGUGUCUCGCCAGAUGGGCUCGCUGAUAUAGAUGAGCAGGCUUUGAAAUCGGAACUACAGAUUGAUGAAGUGCUAGAACCUUCUGAUGAGGAACCACAUUCAACAGCUGCUGUGAUUGACCCAUUACUAUUGGAAUGUUCUGAGCUCCGGCCCGUCCCGAGCGUCCCGCCCUCCCCGCCUCGGGUGCGUGCCUCUCCGGCGGCUCGGCGCGUCGCCUCCCUGCCUCGUUUUCGAAAACGAGCGAAACCCACCGAAACAGAACGUGAAAGAAAUCAAAAAUUACGACAAACAAAAUUUGACGCAAUACACUGUACGAGAGAAUACGAUAGGAUAUUAUUUGAAACUAAACUUCAGCAUUUAGAAGAGAAGAGGAGAGAAGAUAGAGACAUUUAUGAAUUGAAGAAGAGAAAAUUGGAAUUGGAAAUUAGUUUGUUGGAAAGACAAAAUAAAAAUUAAAUUUUAUAAAGCGUU